AAUGGUAAACAGCCUGGGACGAGGAAGCGUGGGGGCUUUCUCACCGCCCAACCACUAUCAUCACCGCCCACCCCGACGUCAACUCCUCUUCUGCCUAGGACAACCUGUUAUCCAGAGAACUGCCUUUCUCGUUCACUUCUUUGGGUCGAAGGGUCCUCACAACGGGCUAAUUUCAAUUUCUCCUCAACCAGCCCUCGACUGUAUUAUCCUCCGUGACGAUCGGAUCCUCGUGACCACGACAAACACCCCUCAUCAUGAGUCAAUCUCUCCGGCCCUACCUCCAGGCUGUUCGGUCCUCUCUGACCGCGGCUCUUACGAUCUCCAACUUCGCUUCUCAGACAUCCGAGCGGCACAACUGCCCAGAGAUCGAGGCAAAUUCUUCACCCGAGAUCCUACUGAACCCGCUGCACAUCAGCAGGAAUGAAAAUGAAAAGGUGAAAAUUGAGCCAAGCUACAAUUCUGUACGCAUAAGUAUCAGAAUCAAGCAGGCAGAUGAGAUUGAGCACAUUCUUGUCCACAAGUUCACUCGGUUCCUCACCCAGCGAGCGGAAUCUUUCUUCAUUUUGCGCCGGAAGCCAGUGGAGGGAUAUGAUAUCAGUUUCCUCAUUACGAACUUCCACACGGAAAAGAUGCUUACCCACAAGCUAAUCGAUUUCGUGAUCGAAUUCAUGGAAGAGGUGGACAAGGAGAUUUCGGAGAUGAAGCUCUUCUUGAAUGCCCGUGCUCGAUUUGUUGCUGAGUCUUUCCUCACACCGUUCGAUUAAAUUGCCCAGCGUUUUCUUGUUGAUUCCGAAUAAUGAAUGGCCCUAUGUUUCCCACUUUCUACUCCUGUACAGAUAGCAUAGGCUUGCAUUGAUUAAGAGAGAACCUUAUACCGAUGUCCGUCGAUCGAUGUUUUC